CCUUCUCCCCCCUCAGCUUUGUUAAACCCACAGCCUGGGCUGGAGGUGGGGACCGUCAUCGCCAGAACACCCCCCCUCCCAACUUCAUUUUCUUUCCAGAGCCUCUAAUUUUGGGAACUGAGCUCCAAAAAAACAGAAAGAGAAUCAAAAAAAGAAAAGGAAAAAAAGCAAGGAAAUCCAAUUUGAUUCCAGACUUCCAGCCAUGGAGGACCAAAAGGAGGCUCUGAGGAAGAUCAUCACCACCUUGGCCGUGAAAAAUGAAGAGAUCCAGAAUUUCAUCUAUUUGCUAAAGCAGAUGCUCCAAAACGUGGAGGCCAAUUCGGAUCGGGUCCAGAAGGAUCUAGAAGGCGAGUUUCAGUCACUCUACUCUUUGCUGGACGAGCUGAAGGAAGGGAUGAUCAUGAAGAUCAAGCAGGAUCGAGCCAGCCGGACGUACGAGCUCCAGAACCAGCUCGCCGCCUGUGCGAAGGCUCUGGAGAGCUCGGAGGACUUGCUGGAGACGGCGAACCAGACCCUCCAAGGUGCGGAAAACCACGAUUUCAACCAGGCGGCGAAACAGAUCAAAGACAGCGUGACCAUGGCCCCCGCCUUCCGGCUAUCACUCAAAGCCAAAGUCAGCGACAACAUGAGCCACCUGAUGGUCGAUUUUGCCCAAGAACGCCGGAUCCUGCAGUCUCUGAAAUUUUUGCCAGUCCCCAGCGCGCCCGAGAUCGACCUGGCAGAAUCGUUGGUGGCCGACAACUGCGUGACGCUGGUGUGGAAGAUGCCGGAAGAGGACAGCAAAAUUGACCAUUACGUGCUGGAGUACCGCAAGACCAACUUCGAGGGGCCACCUCGGGUGAAAGAAGACCAGCCCUGGAUGGUGAUCGAGGGCAUCAAGGAGACCGAAUACACCCUCUCCGGGCUGAAGUUUGAUUGGAAAUACAUGAAUUUCAGGGUCAAAGCAUGUAAUAAGGCAGUGGCUGGGGAGUUCUCUGAGCCUGUCACCUUGGAGACGCGAGCCUUCAUGUUCCGGCUGGAUUCCUCCACCAGCCACCAGAAUCUCAAGGUGGAAGACCUCAGUGUGGAAUGGGACGCCAUGGGGGGAAAAGUGCAGGACAUCAAGGCUCGAGAAAAAGACGGGAAGGGCCGUACCGCUUCGCCAGUGAACUCCCCAGCAAGGAGCCUCCAGUCUCCAAAAAGAAUGCCCACGGGUCGAGGGGGACGGGAUCGCUUCACCGCUGAAUCCUACACAGUAUUGGGCGACACAUUGAUCGACGCAGGCGAGCACUACUGGGAGGUGCGCUACGACCGGGAUAGCAAAGCCUUUGCCGUCGGCGUGGCGUACCGGAGCCUGGGCAAGUUCGACCAGCUGGGGAAGACCCCAUCCUCCUGGUGCCUCCACUUGAACAACUGGCUCCAGGUCAGCUUCACCGCCAAGCACAACAACAAAGCCAAGCUCUUAGACGUGGUGGUCCCGGAUGUCAUCGGCGUCUACUGCAAUUUUCACGAAGGCUUCCUCUCGUUCUACAACGCCAAAACCAAGCAGCAGCUGCAUACCUUUCGGGCCAGAUUCACCCAACCCGUUCUCCCAGCUUUUAUGGUCUGGUGCGGGAGUUUCCACGUGUAUUCUGGCCUGCAAGUCCCCAGCGCGGUCAAAUGCCUUCAGAAACGGAACAGCGCCACCAGCAGCUCCACCGCCAGCUUGUCUUAGGAAAACUACGCCGCCCAUUCGCCCCGGGAGAACGCCAGCCUCGCCACCUUCCAACUCUCCGGGGAAACAGACUUCUCUUGCAGUAUUAUUAUUAUUAUUUUUCUUCCCAAAAUGAGUGCGGUUUUCCCCCCUCUCGAAGGAAACACUUGGAAUUCUGAGUCUCAAAACGGACUGGAAAACCUUCCCCAAACCUCCACGCCACGAAUGUAUUAUGGAUUAUUUUAUCUGUCUACGAUUGUAAACCACGUGUCUUGCUGUCAUCUGCUGCAGGUUUCUUUAAAGGCUCCUGCUGCCAAAUCCCCCACUUCUUGCCUUCAGCAGGAGCCCGGGCGGUGGGUAUCGUACGGAUCAAAACGCUGCGCCCGCCACCGGGUGCGAGUGUGUCUGCAUCUCUUCCAUGCUAGGUUUCUUUUUUCAUAUUCAAAUCCGGCAUCCGGCUGUUUCGCACCCGGCACUCUGAGUGAGACCAGUUCAUUGCAGGAUCAGCUCUGGGUUUCAGCCCGAUUUUUUUAAAAAGCAGCUCUCUAAGGGACUGGAGUGGCUUAGGAAUCGAGUUGCGCCUCUUGGACAGCUCUGGGAAGUGGGAAACCCAGAGUGGAUUCGGUGCUCCCUUGAUGUGGGACA